AUGCGUAUCCUUCGAAUCGGAAGGGGAAUGUAUCACGAUAUCAAGAGACGUCUUCCCUAUUACUGGAGUGAUAUCCGUGAUGCAUGGACAUAUAGAACUGUGGCCAGUAUCAUUCGCAUGUACUUCGUGAAUAUGCUCCCGGCCAUAGCAUAUACCCUGGAUAUGCAUCGGAGAACUGGGCACUUCUAUGGCAUUAACGAAGCGCUCUUCUCAUCAGCCCUAGCGGCAAUGGUAUUCAGCAUCCUUGCAGUGCAACCUCUUACCAUCGUCGGUAUUACCGGGUUGAUUUCUUUGUUCAACUACACCAUAUACGACAUUAUGAAUAUCUACGACCCCUCUGUAUACCCCCAAUUCAUGUGCUGGGUAGGUAUCUGGGGCGCUAUAUUCCACUGGAUUGUUGCUUUGUGCAACAUGUGUGACUACAUGCGCUAUGCCACGGAUUUCUCCAGCGAAACAUUCGGCUUUUAUGUCGGAACCAUCUACAUUAGCAAGGGUGAGGAGGAACUGAUCAGCGAGUUCACUAGCAAGGGAUAUACUGCUGGUCUGGAGACCGUUGGGUCGAGUACUGUCUGGACACCUGCUUUUCGGGGGUUGCUGACGGACUAUGCAUACGUGAUCGGAACGGUUUUCUGGGUGGGAUUCUCGCACAUUCCUGGCCCUCUCAAAGCUGUGGAUAUAUCCCGUGUCCCUAUCAGCAAGGCCUUUUACCCGACACAACCGCGAGGCUGGCUGAUUCACUUUUGGGAACUGGACGCUAAAUGGAUUUUCGUGGCGCUGCCGUUUGGGUUUCUGAUCAUGUUGCUCUUCUAUUAUGAUCAUAACGUCAGUAGCCUAACGGCACAAGCGCGACAAUUCCCACUAAAGAAGCCUGCUGGGUUCCAUUGGGACUUUUUUCUUCUCGGGUGCACUACUUUUAUUUCGGGUAUCAUUGGCCUUCCUUUCCCUAAUGGAUUAGUUCCACAGGCACCCGUACACACAGAUUCACUGACAGUAUAUGAAACGGAUGUCCACAUCGUGCCAACUGAGGAAGGAGAAGGGGCCGAGAUCCGCCGUGCGAUAGUCAAGGCCACUGCAGUGGUAGAACAACGCGUAUCACAUUUCGUCAUGGGGCUGGCUAUUAUUGGCACUAUGACAGGCCCUCUCCUAAUCGUUCUUCACACUAUGCCUGCUGCAGUGUUCGCAGGCGUAUUUUUCAUUGUGGGAUGGGGCUCUAUUGGGUCUAGCGGUAUCACGCAGAAAGUGAUUUACUUAAUGCUCGAGGACCGUUUCGUGCAACGCGAUGAACCUCUUCUGAGAGUGCAGAACCGCAAGAUCCUGCUGUGGAUUGCGUGUCAGCUCAUUGGAGUUGCGGCCUGCGUCGCCAUCUCCGAGACAAUCGCUGCUAUUGGUUUCCCCGUGUUGAUAAUCGCUUUAAUCCCAUUUAGAGUGUGGAUCAUUCCUAAAUGGUUUUCUGGGGAUGAAAUAGCGAUACUGGAUGAUAUGACGGCCAACAACAAAGCCGUUCUAGCCAGUCUGGGUGGAUCACCCAAAUUCCCCGGAGAGGGACGUCUUCAGGACUCCGGGGUUGAGCGCCAGUACUCGGAGCAAAAAAAGGGAAUCAGUAGACAACGCGCCGGUAGUAUACAUCGCUGA